GUUUGCUAGUGCGUUUGAUAGAACAGAAGUUGAUUUUUAAGCGAGGAAAAAUUGUAAGGCAUUCAAAUGCGUCAUCACAUCAUGACUCGAAAAUUAAUAUUAUCCACAAAAUUUCUUGCCAUUCUGGCGAUAGUGAUUAAUUGUGCAUUUUGUCAAGGACGAGUUACCGGUGAAUCUGUCGUUAAAAUUAACUCUCUCAAUUAUCCAAAUCCUAGAAGAGAUGAAAAUGUAUUCGAUACAUAUCCUAAAAAUACUACGAUCAAAGACCCUUACAGAUGGAUGGAAAACUCGGAUAGCGAAGAAACAAAAAAACUAAUCGAAGAGGAAAACUUUUUGACAAAAUCUUAUUUGAGUAAAAGCCCGUUUCGAACAGAAUUAGAAACUCGCUUCAAGGAAUUGUACAAUUUCCACAGCUAUACGGCGUUUUUUCAAAAAGGCAAACGUUUCUUCUCAUAUCAGCGUAAAGGCUCGCAAAAUCAAGAUGUGGUUUUUAUGCAUGAUUCGUUAACCAGUGAAGGUACUGUGUUUUUGGAUCCGAACAUUCUUAGUGAAGAUGGAACUGUGUCGUUCGAUCCUAUGUUUUCAGCCUUUUCCGAAGACGGAUUGAUUUUUGGGUAUUUGUUGAUUGCAAAUGGUUCUGCCUGGAAAACAUUACAUUUUAAGCACGUAGAACAAGGCGAUAUUUAUAAAGAAAUAUUAUACAAUGUGCAAUAUACGUCGGUAUUAUGGACACAUGAUAACAAAGGAUUAUUCUAUGCGUCAUAUUCCAAUCAAAAAAACGAGUCAGAAAGACUAAAGAUGAAUGGAGGAAAAAAUAUGAAAUUAUAUUACCAUGUACUUGGAACAGAACAGUCCGAAGACGUGGUAGCAGUAGAAUUUCCAAAUAACUCAGAUUAUAUCAUCGAUGGUUGGAUCAGUGACUGUGGCAAAUACCUAAUUGUGACGGCGGCGGUGGUUCUAGGUCCCGGUAAUAAGUUGAUAUACAUUGCUGAUUUGGAUAAGAUCAAUUAUCAAAUAAAGGGUAAAUUAGAACUUGUACCAAUUGUCACAAAAUUGGACGCCAAGUUUGAAUAUAUUGCUAAUUAUAAUCGGACCUUCAUUUUCAAAACUAAUAAAGACGCCAGCAACAGCAAAUUAAUCACAAUCGAUAUCGAAAACCCUGAUCCGAAAACAUGGAAAAAUCUGGUACCUGAGGACGAAAAAUACGCAUUGGAAUCGGCAGCAGCAGCAUUCAAUAAAUACUUGACCCUAAGUUAUAUUCAAGAUGUUAAGAGUGUUCUCCAAUUACACGACUUGAAAACUGGCAAUUUCAUUAAGAAAUUCGAUUUAGAAAUUGGCGCAAUCAACGAAUUAUAUAUUUUCACCGAACGAAAAUCUCCCAGCUUAUUUUUCACAUUCGAAUCUUUCUUCACGCCUGCCAUUAUUUAUCACGUCAAUUUAUCUGCUCCACCAUUCAAUCUUGAGAUUGUACGAGAAAACAAGUUGAAAAAUUUUGACCGUGAGAAAUUCACAGCCGAACAAGUAUUCUAUAAGAGCAAAGAUGGCACCCAAAUACCAAUGUACCUUCUGUACAAAAAAGGUUUGCAAAAGAAUGGAAACAAUCCCUCUAUUCUGUAUGGUUAUGGUGGAUUCGGUGCUAGUCUGUUACCUAAUUUCAAUAUCGAUCCUAUAUUAUGGAUAAGUAAUUUCGAUGGUGUAUAUGCCAAUGCUAAUAUCAGAGGCGGAGGAGAAUAUGGUGAAAAAUGGCAUCGAGAUGGAAUACUGGACAAAAAGCAAAAUUCCUUCGAUGACUUUCAAGCCGCUGCUGAAUAUUUAAUCGCUAAAAACUACACCAAAACUGACUUGUUGACCAUAAAUGGAAUAUCUAACGGAGGACUAUUAAUGGGCGCCUGUCUUAAUCAAAGGCCAGAUUUAUUUUCCGUUGUAGUUUCAGAAGUGAGUGUGUUGGAUACAUUGGGAUUUGAAAGACAACCUGAUGGUUAUACGUUGGUACCUGAGUAUGGUUCACCGUCCAACGAGAAAGAUUUCGAAUAUUUAUAUAAAACCUCGCCCUUGCAUAAUAUCAAAAUACCUAACGAUCCCAAUAAACAAUAUCCUGCCGUUAUGCUCUCAACUGCAGACCAUGACAGUGGACUUCCGCAUUCUUUAAAAUUCAUGUCUACAUUACGGUACGAAGCGAGGAAUCAUCCCAACCAGAAAAACCCUUUCAUAAUCCGGAUUCAGAAAAAUGCUGGUCAUGGCGCGGGCGAAUCCACGGCGGAAGUAAUUGCUCGAUAUGUGGAUCUAUAUUGUUUCAUUAUAAUGAAUACUGGAAGCAAAUUUCACACAUAGGUCAGAAAAAUUAAAUCACCUCGUACGGUAUAUUCUGUACAAAUAAUGAUAUCCUCCAAAAGUGUGAGGCAAUAACAUUUUACGUGUAAAUGCAGCUUACAGGGCCGUAGUGUGGUCACUUUCUUGGGUAGGUAGGGCCAAUGAAAUUCUGGCCAGGGUAUGGAAUUAAAGAGCACUUGGUUGGGAAGGAGUGUGUUUUUCGAGGAUUCUCGGAAUGACAAAAAUUAACUACAUCGAUUCAGAAAAGGAACAGAAUAGAACAUGGUAUUUAUUAACACUUUUGUUUCAGCUACCGAUACUAUAAGGCUUAAAAAGAUAGCUUAAUCAGGAUUUUUCCAAGGGAAGGGAAAACAGGAUUUUUGGGCGUGAGAAAUUCAAAAUUUGAGAUGAUUUUGAUUUGUAUUUUACAAAUUAUUUCAUUAAAGUGAAGAUAAAAUUACUGCUCGAGCAAAAAUUUAACAAAAAAUUGGUUCAUAAAGCAAGAAAAAACGCAUAUUUUUUGUUAAGUGUAAGUACAUACUAAGUUCUAGAAUCAAUUCUUUCACCCCUUUUCUUGGUUAGUCAUUGGCUAAGUAGAUAGUUCCUGAAACAUAUUCUAAUGAAUUUUUCUUCAUAACAAACUUACUUUGUGAGUUCACAAAAAUGCAUUAGAUUUGAAAUUCUGAAGACUUUUCCAAAAAAGCAAAAAAUAUAUUGAAUAAAACUUGACUUAUGUAGUCAAUUUUUAGAAGAAAAUAACACAGAUUUUUCUAGCUGGUGCAAAAUUUCCUCCAGUCAGAGCAUUGCCCUAAUUGCCCUUACGUACGCUACGACCCUGGCACCCCUGGCAGUUUACAUACUCGUACAUAAGUACGUUUUUAAAUAAAACAUUGAAAUCCUCGCA